AUGGAAACUCAGAGAAUUCUUAUCACCGGCGCCACGGGCUACGUUGGUGGCAGCGUAUUAACCACGAUCCUCGCCAACCCGUUCCUUGUAAAGUUUCCCAUCACGGCCCUGGUCCGCACUCAAGCUCAAGCCUCGACUCUAUCAUCCCUCCCCAUGACACCUCUUUUCUUCAAAAACCUCGACGAUACAGAUUUUCUCACCGAAGUAGCUUCAGCACACGAUAUCGUCAUUCAUACAGCUAACGGUUAUCACGUUCCCUCCGCCCAAGCCUUUAUUCGCGGUCUUGCGCAACGGAAGUGGAAAACACGACGUGAAGUGCACUACAUUCACAACUCGGGAAGCUCAAACUUUCGCGACAGGCCUGUCUCCAAAGCUUACAUUGAGACAAAGGUGUUUUCGGAUAAAGAUGAUGUUUAUGUUUAUGAGAAGAUGAGGGAAAAGAAUUGA